CCUUACAGCUAGUUGUUGAGGCAGACGCUGGGAGUGUGGGUGUACGGAGGUGUCUUCCUGAUGUUGUGAAUUGUAAAUGGUUAAUGCAGUAUGUUGCGACCAAGUAAACCGUCAUGGGUUGUAUAGAAAGCAAGAAAAUGAUCGAAAAUGUUUCCGGUGGUGACAUUAAGACGGUAUACCAUGUUGACGAUGUUUUAGGUGAGAAAACUGGUGGAGCCAACGAGACGGAAGUGAAGUGUGAGUUGAGAGUGGAUAAUGCCUCGAACUUGGCCGAGAGAAUAAAAUUAGAUAGACAAAUUAAUAAGAAUAACAAGUUUAAAACGAAGUACGACCCAAGAAUCACGGCCAAGUACGACAUCAAGGCCCUCAUUGGCACUGGGACCUUCAGCAAAGUGGUUAGGGUGGAGAACAAGCAAACCAAACAGCCUUACGCCAUCAAGAUCAUUGAGUCUAAGGAAGGUCGGGAAGCUUUCGAGGCUGAACUGGCCAUCUUGAGACGUGUGAAGUGCUGCUACAUCAUCCAACUGGUGGAAGUGUUUGAAAGUGUGGACAAAAUCUACAUGGUGAUGGAGCUGGCUACUGGCGGAGACUUGUUCGACAAGAUCUUGAGUCGAGGACCUUUCUCGGAGAAGGAGACGGUGAAGGUGCUGAAGAUGGUGUUAGAGGGAGUGAAGUACCUACACAACCUGGGCAUCACUCACAGGGACCUCAAGCCCGACAACCUCCUGUAUUACCACCCAGGCAAUGAUUCCCGCCUCAUGAUCACUGACUUUGGCCUAGCACACACCAGGAAGUCAGCGGACGACGUGUUAAUGAGCACCAUAUGCGGCACACCUGAGUACAUCGCCCCGGAGAUGGUGGCUCGGCGGAGGUACACCAACGCCGUCGACCUGUGGGCUGUGGGCGUGAUAUCUUACAUCCUCCUGCGCGGUGACUUCCCCUUCUUCGACGCCGACAGGAUACGCUUAUACAAGAAGAUUCUCAAGGGUAAAUACGCCCUGUCUGACGAGGUAUGGGAGGAGGUCAGUGAGAGUGGACGUGACUUCGUGCGUCAGGUGCUGGAGGUUGACCCACACUUGAGGAUGACCGCGGUAGAGGCUCUCAGACACCAGUGGAUCCUGGCCCACCAAUCCCCCAGAGCAACACAGUCUCAGUCUCCUGGAGGGUCGUGGAGUCGGCGGUCGUCGUCCUCUCACUCGUCCAGGUCCGCACGUUCGGCCACGUCACUACGAACAGUCCGUAGACGCGUCAAGCCUCAGGAGUUAGAGAGAUUGAACCAGUCAUUCCAUCCGUCCAUCUCUCAUCCAAUUCAUCACCCGUCGUACAUGUCCUGAGAUAAGCUCUACUAGUAAAGGUGAUGGUAGUUUAUGUGUCGUUAAUGAAUUUCUUUAGUGAAUUUGAUACAUGCUGGCAGCUUCUUAAGGAUAGGUCUAUGUCUCCACCGAUACAGUUUGUUUGGACUAGUGAGGAAGAAGAACAAGUUGAUUAGACGUGUUAUUCUGUGAUUCACAAUAGCCAUUGGAAGAGAAGGUAAACUCAGUGUUAGGAAGGUACUACAGUAGACACAUCGUACGGUACUGUUGUUGUCCUGUUCACACCUCCGCCAGUUGUAUAUAAUGAGGCGUAUUUUUGUAUGAAGAAUAUAGUAAGUUUAGUGGGCUUGUGGCAGCUGUCAGUUGUUUUGUGUUAUCAUUUUGAAGAAGUUGGAGAACCUUAUAGGUACUGUAUCAUGUUUAUAAUAAUCCUUAUUACAGAACAGUUCAGUGGAGUAUACUGUAAGGUAGUUGUAUCACUGAAGGGUUCACACAUUGAUAACUUUAUUGCAGUGAUGAAUUAGUUAAUACAAAACAACUGCCUUUGUCACUCACUCAUAACAAUGAUAACUUUAUUGCAGUGAUGAAUUAGUUAAUA